UUAAAAUUAAGGGGUCUCAUUGACAAAUCCCAAUCCCGCUCCUUCCUUUCUGAAACCCUAACCAUAUUUCCCCUGAAAAUUUGAAGCUCAUGGAACCGAAAGACCAAAACUACCAAGAAUUCCCACAAGAGGCCACUGCCAACGUCAUCAAGCCCACCAAGCGGCUCUUCUCUGGCUGCCCGAAGCCUCCUGCAAUGCAGCAGCCCUACAACAACUGCAGAAAAACCAGAGACUUGCCCAAUCUGUCGCAAUGCCACGCCUGUGGAUUCCGGGUUGACGUCUGCACAGGUAAGGACCAAAUUCAAGUUCUAUUCAGCGAGUGGCGUAUUGUCCUGCUUUGCAAGAAAUGUUUAGUGCGUGUUGAAUCAUCCAAAAUAUGUUCUUAUUGUUUUGAAGAAGUUGCCGAGAAUUGUUUUUGUUGUUCCCAAUGUAGAAGAAGUAUUCAUAGGGAUUGUUUCUCGAUCUAUAAAACUGUCCCCCCAUGGUCUUAUUCCUGUGCUGGUACUGAAUUUUUGGUUUGUAUUGAUUGUUGGAUACCAAAAACAAUAGAAAAUAGAAGAGCAAUUUCGACGGGUAAAGCAUGUAAAACUGUAUUGGAUUCUACAAGUUCUAGGGUUUUUGAAUCUGGCAAUGCCAGGGUUUUGGAUGAGGGGGAUUGUGCCACAUCAAUGGAGUAUGUGGUGAAGGAUGCGAAUGCUGUUGUGGAGAAGAAGGUGAAAGCAGCAGAGAGGGCACGAGAGGUGGCUCCGAGGAAAGCAGUUGUGGGCCUGGCAGCAAGGAAAGCGGUUGAAUUGGCAAGCAAUGCUUUGGAUUUGAUUGCUAAGAGGGAUGAGCAUGGCAGUGUUAAGGGGUGUGACUCUGAUGAUAAAAUUGAUGAUGUGGAAUUGGCGUUUCGGUUGCACAGGGCUAUGAAUAGCUCGUCAAGGAGUUCUAAGACUUUUUGCCCAGUGAACUCAGGUUGUGUGGUUGCUAUGACAAUGAGAGACGAGAAUGCUGUGGCUUGUCGAAAGCUGGAGAUUUCUGUGGAUAGAAGUGCUUCUGGACAUCCGGACUGUGUUAAAAUUGGGGAUGGUGAUUCUUCUAGUUAUAGGGAUUAUUCGAAAUCACAUCCAUCAGUUUAUGUUAGAAGGAAGAGGAAGGUUGGCAAAUCCUGUGACAAGUCUAAUCAUGAGGAUGUGGAGUUGAACUCAAUUGAAGGAAAUGGAAGUUGUUCUAAUAAGUUGUUAAACUCAAGCAUAGGUGAUGAGAGCUUGCACUCUGAGUCUCAAAUUUACUGUAAACAAGAAGAUUGCAAUCAACCAAUGGAUGCUAGAUGCAAUGGAAAAAGUGAUCGCUAUUUCUUAAAGUAUAGAAGGAAGUCCGGUGAUCGCUGUUUCUUAAAGUAUAGAAGGAAGUCAGGUUGGCGAUCGAGAUCAAAUGGUAAACACAAUUUCCUAUACGAAGGGGUGUAUCAUCAAAUUCAGGCUUCAGUAUGUGAAUUGCCUUUAAAUUCCUCCAGGGAAUCGGGAUUCUCCAAUUGUUCAUUUCAGUCUUGUGUUUUUUCUCUUCAAGCUUCUCCUUCUACAAAUGGCUUAUCCCGAGAGCACUCUGAAGGGGCACAAGACUACAGGGCUAUGAAUAGCUCGCCAAGGAGUUCUAAGACUUUUUGCCCAGUGAACUCAGGUUGCGUGGUUGCUUUGACGACGAGAGACGAGAAUACUGUGGCUUGUCGAAAGCUGGAGAUUUCUGUGGAUAGAAGUGCUCCUGGACAUCCGGACUGUGUUAGAAUUGGGGAUGGUGAUUCUUCUAGUUAUAGGGAUUAUUUGAAAUCACAUCGAUUAGUUUAUGAUAGAAGGAAGAGGAAGGUUGGCAAAUGCUGUGACAAGCCUGAUCAUGAGGAUGUGAAGGUGAGCUCAAUUGAAGGAAAUGUGAGCUGUUCUAAUAAGUUGUUAAACUCAAGCAUAGUUGAUGAGAGCUUGCACUCUGAGUCUCAAAUUUACUGUAAACAAGAAGAUUGCAAUCAACCAAUGGAUGCUAGAUGCAAUGGAAAAAGUGAUUGCUAUUUCUUAAAGUAUAGAAGGAAGUCGGAUGAUCGCUGUUUUUUAAAGUAUAGAAGGAAGUCAGGUUGGCGAUCAACAUCAAAUGGUAAAUGCAAGUUCCUAUAUGAAGGUAUAUAUCAGCAGAUUCAGGCUUCAGUAUCUGAAUUGCCUUUAAAUUCCUCCAGACAGCACUCUGAAGGGAUACAGGACUACAGUUUAGCCUUUCCCGGAGUUUUUGAUCAUGGUUUGGAGGGAAGAAUUUGAUGCUUUAGAUUUGAAGGUUUACACAGUUAAAGGAGUUGGGAAGUUCUCCCCUUAUCGAAGAGCUGAUUGGGUUCAUUAGAGUUUGCAACUGUUGACCUGUAAAAGUUUUUGAAUGAAUCUCAUGCAAGAAACAAGAAAUGCCGCUACUAAGGGUCCUGCCGUGUUCUUUCCAGUGGUUUCUGCCACUGCAAGAAUAGCUGCUCUGCCCAGGUAUUGUGAUUCCUCAAGUGCUUACAGGGUGGAGCAGGAGAGUUUGAUAAAUUCCAGAAUGUGAUGGUUUGUUCGUCUGACAGAUGCAUGGAGCUGGGUAUUGUAAAGCUGAUCUUGAAAACUUAAGUUACCCUCUUAUAGACCCAAUUUUGUGGCUGCAUUAGCCUGUCACGGACUGUUUUUGUAUAGUAGAUGGUAAUCAACUGUCUCAUGGCAUGUGAAUGAAACAUUCCACGCUUACCGAGUUCCAUCCCUUGAGCUUCUGUUGGAUAGCUGCAUGGUAGUCUUGCUGAAAUAAUCUGUGCAGAUGAGUCAUGAAUCCAUUCAUCAAUUAAACAAGCGUGAAAGCCGUGAUGCACAUUCCGUCACACAAAGGAUCUCAAUCUACGUUAGCUGCAGUUCAGAAGGUAUCCUAUCUGACUUUCAGAGCCAUGUUUUGUAUGCUUGAUUUGCUUAUUUGUUUCCAAAGUUGAGUCUUCGCUAACAGAUUCCUCGUGAAUGAAAUUGUAGUUUAUCUUGACUCGAACGAAAACCUUGCUACUGGUAAUUUCUAUCUAUGAGAUCUUGAUUAUUUUAUCCA